GUUAAAUUAUAAAUAUUUAUAUCAAGAGUUGAAAACCGCAAGUUCUGGAUUUGUUUCUUUCUGUCCACUCCACCCCGGAGCAGACGGUAGCGGAGGACAAGUACGAGUUUACAAUAUUCCCAGUCUCAGAUUAUUGCAGUGUUCAAUGCCCUGCAGUUGCUUUAUAGACAGCAGGUCUGAGUAAUCCCAAAUCAAGGAGAGCAAAGCAGCGGCAGAGAUCGUCAAGGACAUUUCAGAGUGCAUUGGGCAGCAGUUGUGUGGUGGCUCUGCUGCAAGCAUGGGGCCCGAGGGAUUAGAGUCCAAUCAGACUGGAUUUGAUGUUUGCUGACAGCACAUGGGACUUAGCUGAGCCGACUGUAUUUCAUUUGUUUUCAAUGAAGCCCCGCACCUUGCCUGGCCUUCCUUCCGUGUCCUGUUACUCUGAUGCGUCUGAAACCUGUUGACAGCCACGGAUCAUCAGCAACUUCAGGUGGGUGUCUGGAGGAAGGGGGAGGCGUGGGGGAAGUUGUGGGAACGGGUUUCAAGUAGGAUUGGCUUCAUUGUCAUCACCAGGUUUCCUAACUGGUUCACGUGACGUCACAGAAGGAAGUGGAAUUAAACAGGCUUUAUUUGGAUGUAAUCCUCCAUAGCAAUCGGCAGAGCGAGUAAAAUGUCCCACUGAAGGGGGAGAUAAACCGUUCUGGAUUAGUACAAGCCCCAGCCCAUCCCAACCCAUAACCCAGCCUAUCCUCUUUUUUUUCUUCUUCUCUUUUUUUUUUUUUUUUGACCUACUAACAAAUGUGUAGUGGCUAUCUUGAGCUUGCGUCCUGUGAUCGGGUCUUCCACGGAAUAACUCAACUGCUUCCACAGUGUUUGUGUGGUUUUGUGUGAUAUGGAUGAUUUUGUGUGUGGUGUCCUUUUUCCUCUUGCACAACAAGGCAGCAUGACCAGAGAUUAAUUAUUCAAGGACUGCCAGCUAAAGGGGGAGUCAUCCGAUAGCUGGGACUUAUAACAAGCUGGUAUCAGGUGAAACUGUGCACUUUGUUAGGUGUUUUUUUUUUGUGCUUGCUUUGUGCUUCCCUUUCGGUUCUAUCUUUGAUGCUGGAGAAUUGAACUUUUAAAUACUCCAAAGAAAUUUUUAUUGUGGUUUUUUUUUAUACAUCUGAUUUAUUUUUUAAAGAAAAGCUAUUUCCUUUUUUUUUGCCAAUGCUUGUUACGAACAAACAAUUGGGUCUUGGACGCUCCCACAGUUGGGACACGUUAGGGGGGAAUGAGGGUCAGUGGGAGAGGCAGUGCGACAGUGUGUAUGACCAGCAAGCAAGAGUAGCAGGCCGUCGGAGCUCCCUGUCAUACGGGGAGGGAGGAGGCUGGUACGAAGCUCCACCGGGGGUGCGUCCCCCUGACCUGGAUUUGAAACGUGCUUCAUAUUCUUACCAAGACCCUUCCUACGGACAGGUCUACACAGAGCGGCAGGACCCACGCGGACUCAGGAAGAGCUCUGUGCCUGACAUAAACCACUACGAACGGAUACCAAUGGCUCACCGAGGCUCCAUUCCACAUCAAGAUUACUACUCUCAUGACCCAGCCAUGACUCCUCGGCCACCUGAAGGCAUUUACAGGCCAGAGCACCAGCCUCCGCCACCUCACCCUCAUCAACUCAGCAGGUCAGGCUCCCAUUUUGGAAUAGCUCCUGGGGCUCGUACUGUGUGGGAUCAAACUCAGCCAGGCAGAAGUGGACCUCAAGCUCCUUCAUCACCUUUGCCUCCACAACCACCUCCAACAGCCCAUGAGUUAAGUCGGACUUACAGGGAACCUGGGGCUAUAACCGUUGCCAAGAUUAUGCAAGACGGCCAACAGCGCUUACCUUCCAGAGACCUACCUCCCGGUCACUAUGGUAUGGACCAUCCAUCUCCUCGAUAUGCCAGUGAACCACCCCGUCUCACCGGGCCGUCCGUCUAUACAGAUGUUGAUGUACGGCCUCUGGAUUCACAGCAGCAAGUUGCCACCUGUCUCGUUGUAGAUCCAGCAACUCAAGGUAUGAUGAGGCAAGAGACUGCAUCACCUUACACCAUCCAACAACAGCAGCACUUACAGCAGCAACAGUUACAACAGCAGCAGUUGCAACAGCAACAAUUACAACAGCAACAACUUCAACAACAGCAGCAACUUCAACAGCAGCAACUUCAGCAGCAGCAACUUCAACAGCAGCAACUUCAACAGCAGCAGCUACAGCAGCAGCUACAGCAGCAGCCAGUUCAGCAGCAGCCUUUACAGCAGCAGCAGCUUCAACAAGAACAGUUGCAGCAGCAGCAGCAUCUGCAACAGCCGCUUCCACCUCCACCCGCCAUGCCGGUGUCUGAUCCUAACCUUGCUCUGUCCUCUCCACUUCCAGCUCCAACUGCUCAAAUGCAAACUGUGGCAGUUGUUGCUGCUGCACCUGCACCUCCAUCUGUUCAGAGUGCCCCUACUCCAGCUCUUCCUCCUCCUCCAGCUUCCCCACUUCCUGCUCCACCUUCUAUGCCUCCUGUAUCAUCUGUCCCGCAGACACCUUUGCCUGUGGACCCCAAGAAGACGGUGGAUCCAGAAUUCCUUUCUUUGCUGCGCAAUGAAGGCCUCUCGGAGAGCACCAUUUCUUCACUCAUACAGCAAGGCUUUGACUCUAGUAGCUUGUUAGCUGUUAUGGAGGAAAAUGAUGUCCGCACUGUGGCCCCCAAUCUUGGCCAGGCUCGCGUACUGUCUCGGUUGGUUCAUAACUACAAGCGGCCCAUUGAAGCUACGCCAGCCCCAUCCCGUCCUCAAACACCCAUGCGAGGUCGCUCUAAUAGCUUUAGCCAUCGCUCAGACAUCUAUCAGCAACAACAUCACCACCAUCCACCGCACCUUUCUCAGGCUUUGGCUGUAGAUCCUCAACUAAUGCCCCCACCGACUCCUGGGGUCAUGCAAACCAUUUCUCCAAGGAUGGGAGAAGUAGUAAGUCGGAGGCCAAGCAGUGCACCCUCUCAAAACCUCAUGGAAGUCACAGGCGGCUACCCAGGUCAACCACCUCGUUCCCCUGGACAUUACACUGGAGCCCUUAUGCCUGUCCAGUCAAGACCAAUGUCUGCUUACUCCGCAGGGGUAACGAUGCCUGGGGUGCCUAUGCAAGGUAUGCAGAUUAUACCACAGCAGAUGACUGGGUCAAUGCCUGCACUACCAGGAUCCAUUCAUUCUAUGCAAGGUAUGCCACAGCACAUGCCUGUAUCUUUGCCAGCAUUACAGCAACCCCCCCAACAAGUACCAAAGGCAUACUCUACCAAUUAUACAGUCCCUAUGGAGCUGAUGAAAAGGGACAGGAAUUUGCUGCCAUUAUCCCCCAUGCAUAGCCCUCAUCCAAGCCCUCAGCUGAUUCGUAAGGGUGGGGGUCCUGCAGCAGACAAUGCCAUGGUCCCCGUGGGAGCUCCAGUUCAAGGUCAAAGUGCAUUGACUGCUAACCAGAAGUUAAGCCGACGCACAGGUCCUCCCGUCAUUGUGUCCACCAUGGCUUCUCCAGACACAAGUAAAUAUAUCCUUUUUUUUAACUAUUUUAUAGAAAUCUUUUGUUUGCUUGGGGUUUUUGUAGAUAUAACUUUACUUCAUAUGACUUUUAUUUAGUUGAUUUACAGAUUUAAUAGACAAACAAUAUAUUUUACCUAGGCCCUAUUUUGUAUAACGAUCAGUAUAUAACACCAGUUCAUGGUGCUGCUAUUGUAUUUAAGUGCUAUACAGUACAGUCACAAAAUGCUUAAAAUACCAACUUAAGUGUUGGCUUCCAAUUACAUAUUCAAAUUUAUUUUCACCAGUUGACUUGAUGAAUCAUUUAUACUGUAAGUGAAAAGACAUUUUUUGUGUUUUGCUCUCAGAUCAGGACUAUUUGUUAUUUGAUCAUUUUUCAAAAUGUUUUUA